UCCCCCUGCAUUCACACACAAUGAACCACAUGACCUGAGUGUAGUUCCCCGGUGACUGUACAAGCCACGUUAUAGUGUGUGGGUGAUGGAGAAGACCGGCUGCUCCUCUCUGGAAAACACAGAUGUCUUCCUGCCACUGUCCUCACUCAGGCUGCUGGUCCCUCCUCUGCGGCUGCUCUCCGCUGCGAUGUGGCAGGUGGCUCAGCGGAGGGACCAUCUCGAUUACCAAAAGCUGGACGAGUUUGUGUCCCUGGUGACGGCCACGGUUCCAGACCUGCUCAGUCCAAAGCAACGGGGCAAACUGCUGCUCCGGCUGCGAUCCAAAAUUAUUCUUGAGCUGUGUAGAAAUGAGGAAACAGCCGACAUGUCAGGCAUACAGCCGCACCUAGAACGAAUCCGCCCACCAGGACACACAGGGAGUGGAGAUGCAGAGGUGGAUGCAGAGGAGGCCAUCUUUGUGGAGCUCAUCCAAACACUCCUCAAAGACCCAGCAGAGAGGAAACAUUUUUACCAGGAGGUUUUUCAAGCAGAUUACGGUCUCAGCUACGACACGGACAUGCAGCUGCUCGUGUGGGAGUUUCUUUCCAAACUGGAGAAACUUCUGCCAGUACCAGACCUCGGCCAGACGGUGUCAUGGCUGACCUCUGCCCCUUCAGUACUGAGGGACUGCCUGCAGGCGCUCUCCAACCCUGAUGACCUGAGGUCUCUCCUGCAACACCAUAAAAGCCUUGAACACCUCGGUGCAGAAGGAACCACUGUGGAGAUGUCCACCCAGGUCUUUGCCUGCUCCGAGUGUCCGUUCUUCCACAUGCAGGAGUCCUACCUGCUGCAGCACCUCGAGCACAGUCACCCAGGGCAAUACGGCAGGUUCCAGAAGGCUGCGGCGACAGCUGAGGCCCCCAAGAAGAAGGUCCAGUGCCCGGAGUUCCCGAAGCCUUUCCCCAUCCACGACAGGCCCGACCCACACACGUGCCAGGAGUGUGGCAAAACCUUCACCCGCGCCUCGGACGUGACUCGUCACCAGCGGACGCACACUGGCGAGCGUCCGUACGCCUGCGAGGAAUGUAAGAAGGGCUUCAAGAACUCCUGGGAUCUGACCAGACAUCAACGCGUUCACACUGGAGAGCGGCCCUUCCUCUGCUCCCAGUGUGGCAAACGGUUCACGCAGAUGGGUUUGCUCAAACUGCACUUUGAACGAACAGCCUGCGGCCAGACACGCAACCCUCCCUUAGACAUAACAACAGAGGUCGUAGUUGCAGAGGAAGCAUCAGAGAAAGGCGGUGGUCAGUACAAAUGCCAGAAAUGUGGCGAGAGCUUCGGCAGCAUCCUGGAGCGGCUGAGGCACAGGCAGGGACACGUGGUCCGGCGCCAGUACAAAUGCUCCCAGUGUGAGAAGAUCUACAGCCGGGCGUCGGAUUUAAAGAGACACCAGAUGAAGCACACAGGUGUGCGGCCAUUUCCCUGUGAGUGCGGAAAAAGCUUCACCCACGUGUGGCUCCUGAAUAAGCACCAGCAGAUCCACAUCAAGGAACGUCCUUACCCGUGUGCAAAGUGUGGGAAGAGCUUCACGCAGGUUCAGAUUCUAAACAGGCACCUGCUGACCCACGACGGCCAGCAGCCUUUCCAGUGCUCCCACUGUGAGAAGAGCUUCACCCAGCUGGCCAGCCUCACACGCCACAAGAGGAUCCACACAGGUGAGAGGCCGUACGUCUGCUCCACCUGUGAGAAGACCUUCCUCACACAGGGAGAGCUGGGCCGACACCAGCGCAGCCACAGCAACUUUAGGCCAUUCAGCUGCUCCCAGUGCCCCAAGAGCUUUAAAACCAAGCGUGCUCAGAGCGAACACCUCAACACUCACACGGGGGAGCGUCCGUUUGCGUGCUCACGCUGUGGGAAGAGAUUUGCCAAGUCGACCUCCCUCAUCCGGCAUAACCUGACUCACACAGGAGAGCGACCGCACCAGUGCUCCCAGUGUGGAAAGACCUUCCUCACCUCUGGUGAGCUGCUCCUCCACAAACGUAUCCACACAGGAGAAAGGCCGUAUCCCUGCUCCCACUGUGAGAGGAGCUUCAGGUGCUCGUCCGACCUCAGCAUGCACAUCCGGACACACACCGGGGAGAAGCCGCACAGCUGUCGGUUCUGUAAGAAGUGUUUCUCUACAUCGUCGAGGCUGAAGAGACACAUGCGCACACACAUGGAGAAGGGCAUUACAGUGGAAACAUUUCCUGUUUGAGCUGUCAGGAGCCGAUUGUAUUUAUUUUAA